CCUCCAUACCGGACGUGCAUGCUAUAAACCCGCACGUACGGCUGCAGAAACACCGAGCAGUCAGGAUUGUAUUCUGAUUGUAUCUUCAAACUUGGGGUUUCUUUAUUGUGUUCAUAAAAUAAUCAACCGAACUUGUUUAAAGAAUGUUUGCUAAGCCAUUUCGAGUGAAAUCAAACAUCGUUCUUAAAGGAUCUGACAGAAAGAAGUUGAAAGCUGAUGUCUCAGAAGCAUUUCCCACGCUGACAGCUGAACAGCUGUCAUCGCUGGUACCACAAAAAGAAGAAAUCAAUGUAGUGAAAAUCUAUACCCACUCAGGAAAAGCUGGCGUUUUCUACACGCUGCAUAAAAACCCAAUCUUUUUUGAAGCAGAGAGAAGGCUUUAUCCCACAGUUUACACUUUAUGGAGUUUCCCAGAUCUCAUGCCUGCCUUUGCAACAUGGCCAACAGUUAUACAGAAGUUAGCAGGUGGAGCAGAUCUGAUGUUACCAGGUGUUGUGGUGCCCCCUUGUGGUCUUCCUGAAGUAAAGGCAGGAGAUGUCUGUUCCAUUAAUGUGGCGAAAAACAGAGCACCUCAUGCGGUUGGAACUGCCACCAUGUCCACUGCUGAUAUGAUGCAGGCAGGAAUGAAAGGGAAAGGAUUCUUGGUCUUCCAUACCUACACAGACCAGCUUUGGGCAUUUGGAGACAAAUCUAGUCCUCCGGAGCUCACCCCAUUAGUUCCUGUGUCCCCUGAAGAAGAUGAUCAUUCAGGAGAGAGUGACAAUGAGGCUGAAGGGCCAUUUUUAAAUUCUGAGGGAGAUCUCAAUCUGGAGCCCAUCACCAGUAAUCUACAGGAAGUGCAAUUAUCUGCUGAUAGUACUGAGAGUAAAGAAACUAGAGAUGAAGAUACUUUGGAAGAUGGCCACUGUUGUGACGAAGAACAAUCUCCACAAGAACAGAUGGAUGAAUUAUUGUUCCAGUGUUUCCUCCAUGCUCUGAAAAGUAAAGUAAAGAAGUCAGAGCUCCCUCUGCUGACAAGCACCUUCCUGCGCAAUUACAUGGUUUCCUGCUGUCCAAGUGGAAAGCAAUUAGAUGUCAAGAAAUCAAGUUACAAAAAGCUCUCGAAGUUUCUUCAAUGUAUGCAGAAGCAGCACAGCUUGAUUCAAGUGAAGGAGCUAACAAAAGGUGUGGAAAGCAUUGUGGAGGUGGACUGGAGGCAUCAGGAGCUUCAGCGGCUCGGAGUCCUGGAGGAAUCCCUGAUGGAUGCAUCAGCCAGUGAGACCAGCAAAGAUUAUAUAAAGACGUAUCAGCCCCCUGAAAUCAGCACCAUCUAUGGCGUCUCCAGUAAACUGGCCCUGCUCUUUCAGAACUCACAACACAAGAAGGGGGACCUCCUUACUGCCACUGAAGUCAGGACCAUUGUAACAGACUAUGUGAAGACCAAUGAACUAGUCCACACUGAAAACAAAAACUAUAUUAAUGUGAACCCCAUCCUCUGUGACUGCCUUUUAGAUAAAUCUGAGCAGCAUGAAACUGAAGUGCUGAAAUGGGAUGAUCUUUUUUCCAGAUGUCUGGACAGAAUGCAGCCUUACCACCAGCUCAUGUUCCCCGACCAGCCACCUAUCAUUCGGAAGGGACAUAUUGCACCAAUAGAUAUUUCUGUAGCAUCACGAGGCUCUAACAAAAAGGUUACUCUUAUCAAAAAUCUUGAACUCUAUGGUUUGGAACCACAGGCUGUGGCCUCAUGCCUACAACAGAGAGUACAAGCAAGUUCCACCAUCAGCCCUCUCCCAGGGUCUAAGGACAAGGUUCAAGUUCAGAUUCAAGGCAACCAGGUCAAUCACGUCGGCAGAUUACUCCUUGAGGAAUAUAACAUCCCCCGCAAGUAUAUCCAAGGUCUAGAUAAAGCUGCAAAGCCCGGGAAGAAAAAAUGAACGGCUUGACAUCUCUAAGAAUAUCCUCACUUGUAAAUAGAAGUAAGCCAACCAAAACGGCUUGUGUACAAAAUAAAAAGUGUCUUAUUUAAAACACU